AUCGCGUUGACAGCAGUUGACAGGCGUGUUUCAAAACAGAAGGACAUGGAUGUUGUCGUCCGUCGUCAUCGUCGUCCCGUGAAAACGCGUCAAUCGACGACGGGGUGAUUGCCGAGGUAAACGUCGUGUAAAAUGCGACGGCAUGUCCGACUCGACGCGACUUCUUAGCGGGCUGCUCAUUCUCCUGCCGGCGAUCGCGAUCUGCACUGCCGCGGACACGUAUGAGGUCGACUGCAAUAAUCUGCGAAUGGGCCAGUAUAUCUGUCCGCAUCCCGAUUACGAGUUCAUAGAUCCGAAGACGCAGCAACCGCGCGGCUGCACCAAGGAGAACAAGGCCAAAGUGCUAUGUCUAGCUGCCGAUGGCCUCAUCUGUAUAGAAACGAAGAAUAACACGUUCAAGAAGGACAUACCUUGCAAAUGGACAAAUGGAUAUUCCUUUGAGACAUCCCUGCUGCUGUCCAUAUUUCUUGGUAUGUUCGGUGCCGAUCGAUUUUAUCUCGGAUAUCCCGCCCUGGGCUUACUCAAGCUGAGUACACUAGGAUUCCUCUUUCUCGGUCAAUUCGCUGACGUGAUUCUGAUAGCCACCCAAAUCGUGGGACCGGCGGACGGGUCGCACUAUGUGAUGCCAUAUUACGGUGCAGGCAUCAACAUCAUAAGGAGCAACAAUUUUACAUACAGAGUGCCACAAUAUGAUUGCUGAGAGUAACCGGCGUACCUCAAACACAAAUGAUGAUUUAAAAAAAAAAAAUAUAUAUAUAUAUAUAUGAUAAUUGUAUAAUGUUUGUCGCGCGCGAGCAACGAUGUAUAAAUCCUAGAAGAAUUCUAUUUCAUUAUCUGUAUAAAUAUUUCAAUAUCAAUUAAUCUCUAUAUUCGAAUGUUAACUUGUAAAUAUUCAUCUCUCAACGAAAAAAUAUUGUAUAUAAAGAUUUACGUAAUGCCAGCGAAUGUAAUUAAAUAAUAAACUUCUGUUUUUAUUUC